CAUCGGCCUGUCAUCAUGGCCGCCUCCAUCAAGUUGUUUGCACGGCGAAUUCUCCGUGAUUUUAGUAGAAAUGUUUAUGUUUCUGCCAGCGGGGUGUCGACUGGAUCUACCCACUGUCGGGCUGCACAGUCCUGCCGCUGCCUGAGCCAUGAAGCCGGCGACAGGAGCACGCAUUUCGGCUUUGAGACGGUCCUGGAGGAGGAGAAGGCGAAGAAAGUGUACCAAGUGUUUGAGAAUGUAGCUCAGAAGUACGAUGUGAUGAAUGAUGCCAUGAGCCUGGGCAUUCACCGACUGUGGAAGGACGUCCUGCUGCACGCCAUGAACCCACAGCCCGGAGCACGUCUGCUGGAUGUGGCAGGAGGCACUGGUGACAUUGCGUUUCGUUUUCUGGAAUACAUCAAGUCCCAGGAAGAGAAGAUGAGGAGGAGAGAGGCAAGGGCCAUGCAGACACCGUCCUGGCAGGAGAUUUCUACUAAGUAUUCUGAGGAGCAGGGAGCAGAGCCUCAAGAGUCCAGAGCUGUGGUGUGUGACAUCAACAAGGAGAUGCUCAAAGUGGGCAAACAGAAAGGAGACAGCAUGGGCAUCACAUCUGGUUUGUCAUGGGUGGUGGGAGACGCCGAGGAGCUGCCAUUUGGAGAUGAUGAGUUUGACAUUUACACUAUUGCCUUUGGAAUUCGUAAUGUAACUCACAUUGAGCAAGCUUUGCAAGAGGCUCAGCGCGUCCUUAAACCAGGUGGAAGAUUUAUGUGCUUGGAAUUCAGCAAAGUGUCUAAUCCUAUUUUGUCAAAGAUUUAUGACACCUACAGCUUCCAAGUAAUUCCUGUAUUGGGAGAAGUUAUUGCUGGAGACUGGAAAUCUUACCAGUAUUUGGUUGAGAGCAUUCGGAGAUUCCCAGACCAGGGGGAUUUCCAAACUAUGAUAGAGGACGCUGGUUUCUACUGUGUGAACUACCACAACCUGACUGGGGGAAUAGUUGCUCUUCACUCUGGAUUUAAGCUCUGAGGCAGAUUCUUCAACCGCGUUGGAUCAAAGAUGGAGGUCCUCGUUUUACAAUGGACGAAACCAAAAAAGACAGUUCAAACUUCUUCAUAUUCCUCCAAACAACAAUACAGCAAAUCCAUUUUUUUUUUUAAGCUACAAGCGCUUCUGUUUAACCGGGAUAAGGACUGGCUGGGACAUCUUGCUGUCAGGUUGGACAUGAUGGACUAAAUGGUCUAAAUGGACUCAAAACAACUAUAUUUAUACGUAAAAUAUAUGAAAAAAUGUCCACUCUGCUUCAUCUAAUAAUUAAAAAGGUUUAUAAUGGAAA